CUUCCUUCCUUUCUGCCUUGGAAAGGGAGGGGCCUUGGGGAGAAGAAGGGGCGUCUGGGCUGGGAAGUGGGAGAAAGGCUUCCUUGGGGAGAGGAAUUUGGCGGCUGGUAUCAGAGGAGCUGGAGUCACUUAGGUCCCAUGAGCAGUGAGGGUGUGCCCAGCUCUGCAGGAGAGAGAAGGCCAUUCUCAAGGCCAAGGCCGUUUGCAGAGGAGGGAGAACUGGAUACCGGUCAGAUCUGGGGGCUAGGCAAGGAGCUCGCUCUUCUUCCUCAGAGGGGCCAAAGGAAUAUCCACCCUGCCUGGUCUACUCCAGGCUCUCAUCUCCACUCCUACCACAUCUCCAGCUCCCCAAGGCACACCAUGGACUCAGCAGCCAAGGACAAAAUCCAGCCCACACUUCUUCCUGGCUCUUCCUGUCCAGGGCCUGAGUGGCCAGAGCAGGAGCGGGCAGAACAGCUGGCUCGGGGUGCGGCACUCAAGUGGGCCUCAGGCAUCUUCUACCGGCCAGAGCAGCUGGCCCGGCUGGGCCAGUACCGCAGCCGUGAAGUGCAGCGGAACUGUUUCCUGGAAGCACGGAUUAAGUCGGUGGUACAGUCAUACCUGGAAGGUGUACAGACUGGUGUGUGGCAGCUGGCUCGAGCCCUUGAAGCUGUGCAGGGAACUCGUGAAGCCCUGAGCCAGGCCCAUCACCUACUCCAGGGGUUGUCUCAGACCUCACAAACCCUGGCGCCCCUGAGGGAACGUGUUGUCCAGCACCAGCAACUCCAGGUCCUGACUCAGUUGCUGCCAAGACUACAAGCCGUGCCAGCUGCAGUGGCCCACACGCAGACCCUGAUUGAUGCCCAGCGAUUCUUGGAGGCCUAUGUGAGCCUGCGGGAGCUGGAGCAGCUGCAAGAGGAGACCUGGGCGCCCCUAGGAGGGCUGGAGUUGCCAAUCUUCCAGGGCCUGGGCCUUCUGGCUGAGGCCUUGGGCCGAGCUGUGGAGGCAGCUGCAGGGGCUGCCGGGCGACUAGCACGUGAGGACCCAGCCCUGCUGGUAGCUGCUGUUCGCGUGGCAGAGGUGGAGACUGAGCGUACAGUCCUGGGGCAGGCACCGCGAGACUGGCGACAGCGAUGUCUUCGGGCACUGCAGGAGGGCCUGGAGCGGAUCCAUUUCUCAUCGCCUGUGCUGCCCGAGCCCGGGGCCAUAGCAGGGUGGCUUGAGGCUCUGCAGGUAGCUCUGCCUGCCGAGUUGGCAACGGCUGAGGCUCUAGUGGCACCCUGCUGCCCACCAAACUACAAGGUGGUGCAGCUUUGGGCCCGCACCCUGCACAGCGGCCUGCGCCGCAGCGUGCAGCAGCUCCUCUCGGGGCCUGAGCUGGGAGCUGCGGACGCCUUCGCCUUGCUGCACUGGGCAUUGCAUGUGUACAUGGGGAAAGAAAUGAUGGGGAACUUGGAGCUAGGGCCUGAGGCUGAUGUGUCCCAGCUAGAGCCCCUCCUGACCUCGGAGAACAUCGAGCAACUGGAGGCAGCAUUUGUGGCCCAAGUCCAGGUGAGUGUGGCUCAGUGGCUGCAGAAGGCACUAGAUGGGGAGGUAGCUGAGUGGAGCAAGGAGCAGGAGCCCAACACAGACCCAUCCGGCUUCUACCACUCACCGAUGCCAGCCAUUGUACUGCAGAUCCUGGCUGAGAACAUUCAAGUGACCAGCCUGAUCAGUGACUCUCUGCAUCGGCGGGUGCAGGACAUGGCGCUGUCAGAACUGGCCGCAUUCUUGAGGAGCUUCAGUGAUGCUCUGAUCCGGUUCUCUCGAGACCACUUGAGGGGAGAAGCCCCUCACUAUGUGCCCUACCUGCUGGCUGCCUUCAACCACCAAUCAGCACUGAGCUCUUCGUUACCUGUCCUGCUGCCCGACGGAGACGCUUCAGGGGUCUUGGCUCCAAUAGAAUCCGCGUUGGAUGACGUACAGAGGAGGAUCUGCCGCCUGGUAUUGGAAGAACUGCAGGUUGAGCUCCAGCCCCUGUUCGCGUCUCUACCCUCGCGCCAGUGGCUAUUGAGUUCUGAGUUGCUGGACGGUGUGUGUGAGCAGACGUCGCACUUCUGCCAGGAUUUCUGGCGUGUGCGGAAGCCUGCUGUUCAGCUGCUGCUGGCGGAGGCGGAACGAACUGUGGUGUUGCAAUACCUACGCGCGCUGAUGCAGGGCCGCCUCGUGUGCCGCGGUGUGGACGAGCGGACCCAGGCGGCUGAGCGCCUUCGGCACGAUGCUGCCCAGCUCAAGGAGCUUUUCCUGGGUUUGGGCCUGGAGGAGAGCGCUCACUGCGCGCCGGUGCUGCUCGCGCUGAGGGAACUGCUCAACCUCCACGAUCCCACGCUGCUCGGCCUCGAGGUGGCAGGCCUGAGGCAAAAAUUUCCCGACGUGAGGUGCGUGCAAGGGGACAGGGGAGGAGGAGCCCGGGACGGCAAGGGCGGGGCUGAGACGCCACGCGUGGUGGUAUUCCUGCAGCGAGGAUCAUGUCUCCGCCCUCUUGGACCUGCGCGGGGACGUGUCCCGAGAGCAUCGCCAGGCAGCACUCAGCUCUCUGCAGGCCGGCCCACCGCCCUCACCUUCUACUGGCCGCCGUGCACUCUUCAGCCUCGUACCGACGCCUACGCCCUCGCUGUCCUCCUGCCUCCCCUCGGGUCCCUGCUCCUGACCCGUCUGUCUGCGUCCGUAAUAAAGCCACGUCCACCGCGCGUCUGAAUCUGUGUUGGGGCACGCGGGUGUUGAAAGCAGCGGUG